UUAACAAAAGUUGUUUGUUUGCGGCGAGAGAUCGGAGGAGGAACUUUGGAAGAAGGAGAUGAGCUUGACGCUGCUUCAAGGCUACUCUUCUGCGGAAGAAGAUGAAGCAGAAGAGAGAGCUAUUGGGGAUUACGAGAACUCCGAUGAAGAUGAGGGUAAUAAUGGUGUUCGGAGAUAUGAAUCGUCGUCUGUGUUUGAUUUCUCCGCUUCUGCCUCUUCCGCUAAAGACUCCGGUCUUCCUUCAGCUAACGACAUUUUCUCUCAGAUUUCGGGGCCACCGGAGUUUCUGAACAACCGCACAGAAGCGGAUGCAGAAGCUUCAGCUAGAGAUGCAGAGCAUGCAAAGCGUAUUAGUCGCAAAAAGAAGAAAGUUAAACCAAAAGGUGUUGUCAUGGAAGCAAAACCUCAACUAGUAGGAAUUCAUGAGAGAGUAAGAAACGAUAUCGAUGCACCACCAUCUUCAGUGAGUGGUGAAAAGCGGAUAUCUACUGCAACCAUUCCUAACGCAGAAGAAUCUGCAGAUCUCUUGAGGAUGUGUCUGCAAUGCGGUGUACCAAAAACAUAUACAAGCGCAAGAGGAAUGGUAUGCCCGAUUUGUGGUGACCGGCCAGUAUCAGACGUAGACGCGAAGAAGAAAGGAUCUACGAUCAAAGAUAAAGAGAAGAGCAAAAGAAUGAGAGGACAAUCCUCUCAUGCUUCUUGGAAAAGUGAAACCGAGAUGCAGCUUAGGCAAACUUUUGAUUAGAAUGUUUCAAAACUUGUCUUUCUCCUGUUACGACAUUGUACCAUCCAAAUUCUGUAACGUUGCUUGUGACACAAAGUUUUAAUCUUAUGUACACAAUUAAUGUCA